AUGUCUGACGUGGUAAAUGUACGGGUGAAAGUGACGAACUUGUUGGACCAGUCAAUCGUUGGCUUCAUCCACUCGUUCAACCCGUCUCAGUCUGUCCUAGCAUUAAAGAUGGAUCCGUCCAAGAUCAGGAUCAUCAACACAGCAUUUGUCAAGGCCGUGCAACAUCCCAAGCUCUCGAAGGUUGAUAUCCGGAAGCUAGAGGCCGAUUUGAACGAGUCGAUUGCCCGGUAUAAGCCUGUUGAGGAGACUGAAAAAUCCACCACCUCCAGUGAAAAACCUGCCCAUGAAAAACAACACACGCUGAAACAUCAUCAACUGCAUCAGCCGAACCGACAACACCUGAAAAGGCGAGACUCGACUUCCCAUGGUAAUGCUAACGCCCUGACUAUCUUCAAUAGCUUGGUGUCGAAGUUUGGCAAGGAAAACGUGCAAUGGCUCCCCAAUGACUCGAUCAACGUGUUUAAGGAUGUGGUGAUUGCCAAGCCAUACACUUUGAAUAAGAUGGGAGGUAAAAGGUCGCCAAAGGCAGAAGAGGUGAGGAAUGCAUUGAGGGAGAUCCUCUUAGAUGUGGGCCCUGGCAAACGGGGUGGUUAA